CAUACCGUCGCCGAGAUUGGACGUGCGUGUUAGUUGCGCUAAUUUGACUGCCUGUCGGCUAAAUUAUAACAUAUUCAGUGGUAUCAGACUUGAGACAAAACCUGUGCCGCUUGCUUUACUAAGAACAUUAUAACAGUUUCAUUGAUCAUAUCAACUUUAACUACUUAACAACCGAAUAAGAAGCAGCAAUCAAAAUGCCACAAAAGACGAAUGGACACUCCACAGCCAGCGUCAACGGGCUCAAUGGCAGCAAUGGCAAUGGCAAUUCCUAUGAUAUGGAAGAUGGGCAAACAUUCCUAUUUACUUCCGAAUCCGUGGGAGAGGGGCACCCAGACAAAAUGUGCGAUCAAAUUAGCGAUGCUAUCUUGGAUGCCCAUCUUCGACAGGAUCCCAAUGCUAAAGUCGCUUGUGAAACUGUGGCAAAAACUGGCAUGAUUCUGCUCUGCGGCGAAAUUACAUCAAAGGCCGUAGUCGACUACCAAAAGGUUGUGCGCGAAACGGUCCAGCACAUUGGCUAUGACGAUUCCUCGAAGGGUUUCGAUUGGAAGACGCUAAACUUGCUCGUUGCCAUUGAACAACAGUCUCCCGACAUAGCCAACGGUGUGCACAUUAAUCGUGAAGAAGAGGAUGUCGGCGCUGGUGAUCAGGGUAUUAUGUUUGGCUAUGCCACUGAUGAAACAGAGGAAUGUAUGCCCCUAACGGUCGUGCUGGCGCACAAACUGAACGAAAAAAUUGCCGAGUUGCGUCGCUCGGAAGUUUUUUGGUGGGCCCGUCCAGAUUCUAAGACACAAGUCACCUGCGAGUAUCUCUUUAAUCAGGGCUCGGCAGUGCCCAAGCGUGUGCAUACUGUUGUUGUGUCUAUGCAGCACUCGGACAAAAUAUCGCUGGACACUCUUCGCUCGGAAGUCAUGGAGAAAGUUGUUAAAGUUGUCAUACCCGCCAAAUAUUUUGAUGCCAACACCAUUGUCCACAUAAAUCCGUGUGGAUUGUUCGUCAUUGGCGGUCCAAUGGGCGAUGCUGGUUUGACUGGCCGUAAGAUUAUUGUCGAUACAUAUGGCGGUUGGGGUGCACAUGGGGGUGGUGCAUUUUCUGGAAAGGACUUCACCAAAGUCGACAGAUCGGCGGCUUAUGCUGCACGCUGGGUAGCCAAAUCACUGGUCAAGGCGGGUCUCUGCAAGCGUUGCUUGGUGCAGGUGUCGUAUGCCAUUGGCCUGGCUGAGCCACUUUCCAUAACCGUCUUUGACUACGGCACUUCACACAAGUCACAAAAGGAGCUUCUAGAAAUAAUAAAGCGUAACUUCGACCUACGACCAGGCAUGAUUGUCAAAGACCUGAACCUGCGCCAGCCAAUUUACCAGCGCACCAGCACUUAUGGCCACUUCGGACGCGAUGGUUUCUCGUGGGAGCAGGCAAAGCAUUUGGAGAUCAAUUGACUAGAUGCCGACACCCCAUUACCGCAGUCGCCGUGUGCUAAAAAGCUAAGGACGUGCAAAGAGACAACAACAGCAGAAACGUAAUUUUUAGUUUUUAGUUAAAAUCGUAAGAGAUGCCGGCAAUAGGCUUGGCAGCUUUUUAGGCUUUCAUUAAUAAUCUAUAAUAUACCCCUUUAUUGUUCAUACGCAAUGUGUGUAUGCAGCCAUUAAUACUACAGUUUAGUUGUAUGGAUUAUAUUUGCAUAUGUAUAUGUACUGUCAGUAGAGCGAGCUCAACAACCACUUCAUGAGCUGCAGUUAUAAUUUGAUCGAUUUGUAACCUGCCACAUCACGACUGUUCAUUUCCCGUUUCUUUUUUUUAAAUUGUAUAAAAUGUAAUUAAUAUUAAUAGUAAUUUUUUAAUGUUUUGAAUAUUUAAGUACCCUCUGCCCCUAUUAAAUGGGUUAUUCAGUUCACACAUAUGGUGCUAUUGUAAACAGGCAGUAAGAGUUAUCGGUUCUACAAUAAUA